CGGGAGCGGGACUUUGCGGCCUCUCGGAAACCGCGUCUUCCACACACCCGCGCAGCCGGCGGAUCUCCUGGGCGCGCCGCUUUUGCUUUGUCCGUUUGCUCGUCCAUCUUUAGUACCGCCUUCAAGAUCUGUUGCUGCCUGGUUGAAGAAAAUAUUUGGAGAUCAUCCCAUUCCACAAUAUGAGGUGAAUCCGCGGACAACAGAGAUUUUACAUCACCUUUCAGAACGCAACAGUGUCCGGGACAGGGAUGUCUACCUGGUAACAGAGGACUUGAAACAGAAAGCAAGGGAAUAUGAAUCAGAGGGUGAGCUUAAUUCCAGAAUUUUGAGUGAGAUAAUAAUUAGAGCCAAGCAUCUUCAAGACCUUCUCAUGGAAAGUGUGAAUUUUUCCCCUGCCAAUCUCUCUAGCACUGGCUCCAAAUAUCUGAAUGCUUUGGUUGACAGUGCUGUGGCCCUUGAAACAAAGGAUACCUCACUAGCUAGUUUUAUCCCUGCAGUGAACGAUUUGACCUCUGACCUUUUUUGCACCAAAUCCAAAAACGAAGAGAUCAAGCUUGAAUUGACAAAACUUGAGAAAAAUCUAACAGCAACUUUAGUACUGGAAAAAUGUCUACGAGAGGAUCUCAAGAAGGCAGAGUUGCAUCUGUCUACGGAAAGGGCCAAAGUUGACCAUCGUCUUCAGAACAUGGACUUCCUAAAAGCCAAGUCAGAGGAGUUCAGAUCUGGAAUUAGAGCUGCAGAGGAGCAACUUUCAGCCAGAGGAAUGGAUGCGUCUCUGUCUCAUCAGUCACUGGUAGCACUUUCAGAGAAAUUGGCAGAACUAAAACGACAGACUAUACCUUUGAAGAAAAAAUUGGAGUCCUAUUUAGAUUUAAUGCCGAAUCCAUCUCUUGCCCAGGUGAAAAUUGAAGAAGCAAAGCGAGAAUUAGAUACUAUUGAAGCUGAACUUACAAAGAAAGUAAACAUGAUGGAACUGUGACUAGAGCCAAAUAAAUUUCAUCUUUCUUAACAAAGGAAAUUGAAUGGGGCUUUAAAGAAUUAUUUCCUCAUGGCAAUCCUUAUAACUUAAUUUCUGUAUUCUUAGGUGAGAUAAUAGUGUCAUUAUUGAU